GCGGGAAGGACAAUACGCGUCCCGGGAGCAGGUAGUUCACAUGGUCACGUGCGGCCGGAUCUGUUUACAAGCCCCGCGCUGCUGCAGCGUCUCGCGGCCGCCCGCCGCCCCCGGCGCGAGGCCGUGGAGCUGCGUCUGCGGCGCUCCGGAGGUGAGGCGCGGGUCCCGCGGGGUCAGGCGGGCGCUGUGUGCGCCCCGGUCGCUCGCCCAGGUUAAGCUCCCCGCCCCCGCUCCUGCUGCUGCCGCAGAAAGCCGGCAGCGGGUCAGACUGAUGAACCUUUCUCCUAAACUCUGCGCCUCAGCAUCGCCACAAUGUUGCCAUUCGACUGCUGACGUCGGCGGCUCCACGAGGGACGUAAACACGGGCACGUGCCGCACGCUGGUGACGCGGCGGCGGCGGCGCGCGCACCCCGCCAGCGCGCGCCGGCACCUCCCCUUGGCGUCCCCUGAGCCAGCCCGCGAGCGGCCGCGCUCCCGACUCUCCUUCCUUCCGCGCAGCCUCCUGUUCGCCCGGGCUGGAGCUCGCUGUCGGCUGGUUGCCGGCUCCGAGGGCGUUGAGAGUGGCAGGUGUGCCCUGCUGCAUAAGUUGCUUCCGAACCCGGGAAAAGAGACUGAGGUGAAGGAACUGAGACGUUUCGCACUCCAGGUCUUUUCAUCGUCGUUGCUAUUUGUGAGCCAAAUUAUAUGACUGCUUCACUGACCAUUAACCCUGGCCUGUGGAGGAGAGCCACACUGAACUCAUCACCAUGCUGGGGCCCCUCCCACCGUCACAUUACUAGUGCUUUUGGUAAAUAUGUGUCCUUUGAGCUUUCCUGGAGAACAUUACUCCUUAUUUUGCCCCGUGUAAUUUAUCCAUUCCAGCAUUCCCACUUCCUGAGCCUUUUACUCCCUUUCUCUUCCCUAUUCCAUGGGAAGCAUUUUAAUAGUCUCUGUGAGGGCCAUUGCUUUUUUCAGGCUUCUAGGAGUACCCUGGUAGCAAGUUUCAUUAUCCCCUAGAUGCAACCUCACUCCUUGCAGUUUGGUAGCAAAUACUUUCUUGAAGGGGGAUUUGAGCAGUUCAUGUCCUGAUCUGCUAUGAGUAUGCUUUUUGGUAUUUUACAUUAUGUCAAUUAUGGUCAGUUAUCCUUGUUUUCAACUCCCGAGUGGCUAGAGAGGAAAAGGAAAGAAAUGAUUUGAGGAAAGUUGGGAAGCUCUGCACAGUGAUGCCUGAGAGACCUGGCACCACUUUGGGAGACAUGGUAGUUAACUCUGCACAUGUUCUUCCUCAGCAAGGGGGGUUUUCCCAGAAGGGACACAAGAGGAAAUCGUACUCAGUGGAGUAAAUGGAAAGAAGAGGGAGCGUGUCUGCCUGGCUCCUUCCUCUCUGCUUUCCUCAGAGUCAGGUUUCACCCCACAGGGAGUUCACACUUCCAUGUUGCCUCAUCCAGCCUUUCAGGAAGCCAGAGUCUGUGGUCCAGUGUGGCAUUUCAGCCAACCUAGAAAUGGAGGGUGACUUAGCACAGAGAGGUUCAACAAAGUGGGGCAUGCAGGCCACUGACCUCUGCAAGGGCAGCAGUGCUGGGGUGCUCUGGAAUACAGGCAGUGCCUUCGGAAAAUAGGGCAAUUGAAGACAGUUGAGAAAGUGAACAAAGUUUACAUCUAACAAAUUUUAAAGUUUUAUUAUUUUUAUUUUUGUAUUCUUGGGUCUCACUAUUUUGCCCAGGCUGGAGUGCAGCAGCUAUUUGCAGGUUGGA